AUGCGAUAUCUCCGCUGCACCUUGGCCAUGGGCCUGCUCUCGACAGCCGUCGAUGCUGCGCCCAGACUCCGUGACGGCAGAGAGCCGCGUGCCUACUACGAGGCUCUGAAACCGCGUCAUGACACCAGCGAGCCGACUGGCACCCCCACAGCCAUGCCCGAGGACUGCCCUGCCGACACUCAGGUGAUAUCGACGACGACGGUGGACGUCACCGUCUACGUCACCCUCGGCGUGAACGCUACCCAUCCGUGCACCGACGGGACGUCGACGUUGCCUCCGACUGGCUCGUACACGAACACUCAGGAUGGCAUACUGACGACCUCGACGGCGGCGUACAUGGCACCAACCAAGGGCCAAGGCACCAACACGACCAUGACGACCGGCUCCGAGCCCUGCGAGACCGACACUGCGAUGCUUUCCGCCGCGAAUGGCUACUCGACGACGGAGCCUUGCACCGACGAGAGAAUUGCUGCACUCUCCGCUACCUCCUCGACACCCUUUGAUCCCACCUCGACGGCGGCCAUGUACCCCCAGGAGCUGAUGGCGGCCGAGAGCACCAACACGGACACGGCCACGGACACGGCAACGGCCAUGUAUCUCGCCACGACGCGGCCGACCCAGACAACGGCCACGUGCAUCAUCGACACGACCAUGGCCCCUGUCGCCAGGUCUGCGCUGCCCUCGACCUAUGCGAGCCCGGCGAAGCCGACUAGAACCAUCUGCGAGCACAACCACGAGACGGGCAAGCCGUCUCCGGAGAACGCCUACUGCGGCAUCAAGGGUGAGCCGGCUGGUACCUACUUUAUCGCCGGCUUUAUCGAGGAGCGCCCUGGUGUGCCCGUCUCCGAGGAGGGAUGCUACCAGUUCUGCGAUAGCGUCAUGGAGGACACCAAGGGCUGCCAGUCAUACCGGUACUACCACAAUGAUCUCGGAGCCCCCCGCUGCGACCUCUACGGCAUGCCCGUGUCAUUCGUUGUCGAGAACAUCGACCGCCAUCAGCCCGGUCGCUGGUACGACCUGGAAUGCGGCUCGCCCAUCGCGAAGCCUUGGCACAGCCGCAUGCCGCCGAUGUAUUCAGUCCUCGAGACCGGAGCGACGAGCAGCAACGCCACUGCCGCGUCGACGGCGGCGCCGGCUGCUUCCACUGCCUACGCCGACGUCACCGACAACAACAGCGCGAACGGUCAGUACGCCGACGAGCCACACUAUAGACCUGACGGCAAGCGAUUCGGCCACAACGACCGUCGCCUUUAA